AUGUCGACAACACUUUGUCGAAGGGUUCGCGUGGAGAUUGAUGACAGCCUUGCUACUCUGUGCGGGGCGCACAAGAUCCUGAUUGCGCUGCCGAAGGACAAUUUGCCGGUUGCUGACUUCUUGUCUGUAUUUCAGCAGCGCCACUUGGGGACCACGUGCUUGCACCUGCUUUGCCACGUCGACGGCUUCACCCUGCCUCCAGGCCAGCUAGUGCCCCAAGUCUUGAAGGACGAGGACGUUCUCGUUGUGUGUCAAGAGGGGCGAGGGUCUGACUCGACCGGUCUGGCCAGGCCUUUGAAGAGGCGUCGCGUGGAGGUGACAGAGUCCCACACAGCUGUUAGCCAGUUCCCUCAUUCUCCGGAAGUUCCUCACUUCAACCCACGACAAGACCGCGGGACACUGUUUGAAGCCCUGAGCAUCUGUGGCGCAGUGUUUGUUCCCUGCGGGACGGGAGGUCUGGGGCUUCCUAGUCCGCGGUAUGCCGCCUGGCAUGACUUGUGGAAGGAGGCCGCAUCUGACUUCAAAGCCUUCAAGGCGCGACCUCCUGCACGCAGCCACCAGCUCCGCUUCUCUCAGGGCGAGGACCUGCUCCGCACCCUGUCGGGCGAGUCCAAAGCGCAUACCCCGGACGUCCGGUACAACUUCGGGGUCGGCCAGACGGCGCUCAAACAAGGCAGCAAGGCCUGGAAGGAGUUGAAGUGGAUACCUGAAGACUUCCAGUCCGUCCUCCUGACGCUGUCGCAACUCGUCGCUGCCGAGCUGCACGAGCUGACAGACUUGGAGAAGGAGCCCAAGGGCACCCUUGGAGCCAACGUCCUGAAUGAGCUGGAAAGCUGGGCAGGCAGCCGCCUGAGGCACAGCCUCUACCCAGGCAAAGGUUCCUGCACCGAGCAUACAGACUACGGCGUCCUGACGUUGCAGCAGAGCAAUGGCUCGGGCUUGGAAGCGUUGAUCGGUGGUGCUUGGCGGCCACUUGAACCCCCUCCCGGUUUUGUGGUGCUCUUUGCGGGGGAUAUGCUGGAGAUCCUGACGAAUGGGCGUGUGAGAGCUUUGCAUCACCGUGUUUGCAUGCACUCGGGUUCCGAAGAGUGUGCUCGCCAGUCAAACAUCAUUUUCUUGCAGCCUGACAACGACACGCUGGUCCAGCCACUGAUGCCUUAUCGCAGUGGUCAGCGUGACCUACCAGCUGUGCGCUACGGAGACUGGCACAAGAAGAAGACGAGCCUGAGGCACACAAGUGGUGCAGACGUGGUCAAGAAGCACUUCUCUAGGAAAGUCAGCAGACAAUCUGACAAAGCUCUGGACAAGUGCAAGGAGAGGCAUAGCGCAGAGGUUGUUACGAUCGACGCCGAGGAGGAAACUGCAAAGCCACGAGUCAAGCGCCUGGGGCCCUCUACGGGUGCUCUGCGCAAGUGGGGCGGCGUUGGCUUCAAGGUCCGACAGGAUGGUCUGGCGCGCCGCCCGCGGAGGAACGACUUCGUGAAAGAGAAGGCUCCUGCGCUUUCGGCCGCGCCGCAUGCCGGGCCCGGAGCCUGGUCAUCGAAAGAUGAUCCGCCUGAGCCAGGCCUCUCUCUCGUGGCCGCCCGUGCGCGGGAGAGCGCAUGGGCCGACGCCCUCUCGCUGGCAGCUCAGUUCUGUCAUGGAGGAGAGCCCCGGAGCGUGGCGGGCGAGAAUGCCGCCAUUGGCGCCUGGCUCAGGGGCCACCGGUGGGCGGCGGGUCUCUGUCUGCUUGCCAGGUUCCAGGAGCGCCGGUUGGAGUCCAGCAUCGUCACCUUCAACACCUUGGCCAACGGCUGCGGCGACUCCUGGGCGCUGUCGCUCCACUUUGCCUUGCAUGCCGGGCAGGCGGAAGCCCGCGCACUACGGGCCGUGGCCUAUGCCAGCGACGCGGCGCAGGCUUGGCCGAUGGUGCUGCAGGUGCUUAGCCAUUUCCGCAGGUGGAAGUUGUCACCCGACGGGCGCGUGUGGAACCUGGCGAUGAGAUCCCGCACGGAGGGUGCGCUGGAGCUCUUUCACGAGCUGCGCCGCGCAGGGGGCGUCUCCCCUGAGAGCUGGACGGCUGCUCUGGGGGCCGUGACCAAAGCUGUCGCCUGGCAAAGCAGCUACGAUAUCCUGCUCCAGAUGCCCUGCGCUCGACUCAGUCCUCCCGCCUUUGCCUUGGAGAGGUUGGUCUUACAAGGUCCUGAGCCAGGCUGGCCUCGUGCAGCCGCGCUGCUGACACGCCUGCGUGGUCUGGAGACUCCUCGGUUUUGUCGCACUAAGCCCUGA